GCAGAUAAGAUUGCACUAUCCACCACGGCCUCCAUUUUCCCUGCAGUUCAAGACGUGAAUCACGACGGAAGAAGGCACCAUGAGAAGGCAACCUCUAGAAGCUGGAAAGGCAAAGAAGCAGAUCCUCUCCUAGAGUUUCCAGAAGGAAUGGGAGCCCUGCCUGCCUACCCACGUUAUACUUCCGAGCUCCAGAAAUGACACCAAAAUGAGUGUAAAAAAGUCUCCUGAAGAACUGAAGAGCAUUUUUGCAAAGUACGCAGCCAAAGAAGGUGAUCCAGACCAGCUGUCGAAGGAGGAGCUGAAGCUAUUGAUUCAGACUGAAUUUCCCAGUUUACUGAAAGGCCCCAGCACCCUAGACGACCUCUUUCAAGAACUGGACAAGAAUGGAGAUGGAGAAGUUAGUUUCGAAGAAUUCCAGGUGUUUGUCAAGAAGAUAUCCCAGUGAAGGAAAAACAGCAAAACAACGUAUCAUUCCAAAAGAAGAGUGCCUGGGAUGUGGCCCUAUUCUAUACGGAAUCAAGAAUGUCUCUGGUUAAUUCUUUGCCAUUUUAAUGAUCUGGCUGUGAAGGCCAAUUACUGUUAAUAAAGAAAUUCUUGGA